GAGAGAAACUUGCUUGAGAAGGCGCGAAUUGGUAAAGAGAAAAAAAGGGGAGAGAGAGAGAGAGAGAAGAGAUAGGAGUGAGAGUAGAUGAGAAAAUAAGAAAGUUGGAGAUAUGCGUAACCGCUGAAACGAUCGCGUGGAGCCGAAACCCUCGGUCGCUCUCCCAAGUCUUUCUCUUCUCUCCAAAGCUGCAUUACGAGGAUGGAGCCGCCACCGUUAGCCAGAUUUGUCUCGCGAAAAACGAAGCUUCGUUCAAUGUCUGGGUCCAGCUCUUCCCGUUACGAACCCGACGUCAUCGAGAUCAAGCCACCGGCUUCCAAGUCUCUCAAACAUAAUCAGAUAGUUGUUCCUGAUGGCGUCAUUGAAAUUGAUGAAGAAGAAGAUCUUGGAGCUAUGUUAAUUGAUGAAAAAGUGAAAAUGGUCAGUAAGGGAAAGGCUAUAGAAAAUGGGUAUGACAACAGUUGGCAACUUGUGAAGAAUGCUUUCUCCAAUGAUUUUGCGGGUCCUACUUCAACUGAUUUUGAGCUGAUAAAUAAUCUUCCUACAUUCACUCUAGACAAUCUCGAGCCAGAUCCACAGGAUCUAGUGGACCUUGAAGAAUAUGGUGAUGAUUCACCUUAUUAUGAUUAUGAUCCGUCCCUGCAAGCCCAAUUCGAUGCGAUGGACCUCCCUCCCGGUGUAGAGGCACCAAUUCCUUGGUUGCUGGACUCUUAUGAAAGUCAAAAGGCAACAGCUGGUACAAGCAGUUCACCAGUCCAUAGCCAGUCAAGUUCUUGCUGUGAAGUUGAACUGAUAGAGAUAGAUGAAGAGGAGGAUGAAGUCCUGAAGAAAUAUAAGGCUUUUAAACAAUUUGAAUCUGUUGAAGAUUAUUCAGAUCAUUUUUAUGUCAAGGGAGAUUCUUCACGAGCUAAGCCAUCAAAAGCUUGGGCAAAGAAAAUUCAGGAGGAGUGGAAAAUCAUGGAAACAGGAUUACCGGAUACUAUAUUUGUGAGAGUUUGUGAAGAGAGGAUGGAUCUUUUGAGGGCUGUUAUUGUUGGGGCUGCUGGCACUCCCUAUCAUGAUGGCCUGUUCUUUUUUGAUGUUCUCUUUCCUUCAAAUUAUCCUAAUGUUCCACCGCUAGUACACUACCAUUCUGGGGGACUUCGACUGAAUCCAAACUUGUACAAAUGCGGGAAAGUCUGUCUCAGUCUUUUGAACACAUGGACUGGUAAUGCAGACCAGAUGUGGAUCCCCGGAAAAUCAACCAUGUUACAAGUCUUGGUGUCCAUCCAAGCUUUGGUUCUGAAUACAGAACCCUACUUUAAUGAACCUGGAUAUGAAAAGAGCCGUGGACAGGCAGCUGGUGACAUGCAUUCGCAGCAAUACAGUGAAGAAGCAUUUAUCUUGUCGUGUAGGACAAUGCUUUACUUGCUAAACAGGCCACCGAAGAAUUUUGAAGAUUUUGUCACAGGGCAUUUUUACAAGCAUGCGUAUGAUAUUCUGGAGGCCUGCAAGGCAUAUAUGGAGGGUGCUCAGGUAGGUUGUCUUGUUAAAGGAGGAGUCCAGGAUGUCGAUGAGGGUGACAAAAGCUGCUCGAAAACUUUCAAGAAGAAAGUGUAUGAUAUUUCCAAUUUGCUCUCUACAAAAUUUCUGGAAAUAGGAGCAAAGGAAUUUAUGCAUUUUGCACCCAAGCAAACUAAGGAGGAAGAUGUGCUUGAUGAGUUUUAAGGAGUACCUGUGGGCUGUGAUUAAACAGACAGGUGGACUGAAGCUGACAUUGAGGCUAACAGAGAUCUGUUUGUUAGCAAGAAGUUGCCCGUUUUGCAAAACUUAGGUAGAUUCUUGAACCUGUAGGCCUUGGUUGUAAAUAGAUGUAGAUAUGGCAAGGGACCGAAUUUUCUAUGUCGUUAGUUAUUUAUAUACAGUGCCAAAGGAACUAUGAAGUCAUUGGGAUGAUGCACAUUAUGCGAAUGCUCUUUCUAUAUAUUUUUAUUUCUUUUCUGCUA